GUAACUUUCAGUUUAGUCAAAGUAAUUUAUUCGCGAUAUCAAGAAUGUUGGGAGCAGACAAUGAAGUGCGAUAUGACUUUGGAUUAAAAUUUAGAUCCAAAUUUUUGUUUUUGGUCUAUCAAUAGCUUUCUUUCUCACAGAAACCAUUAUGAUAUUGCAUCUUGAUAUCUUAGCAGCCAUCUGCUUGUUUGCACAGCUAGUUAGCACUCUUGAGUUACAGCCUUACCAGCAAGCUUUUGAAAGACCACCCAGAAAGCAUAGCUCUGCAAAUAAGCAUGCAAACAAACUUCUUAGUCAACACUUAUUAAUAGACACGCAUAACGACCUACCAAUGACAUUAGCAUUUGAACUGGAUGGCAAGAUCAAUAACCUGAACUUGACAAAGUUGGACUGGGGGCAUACGGAUAUUGUGCGUCUUCGCCAAGGUCAUCUGGGUGGUCAGUUCUGGAGUGUUUAUUACGACUGUGAGGACACUGCAGCUAAUCAGGUUCUGAAAGCUAUGGAAAGUAUCGAUGUUAUUAAGAGAAUGGCAGAUUUAUACCCUGAAUCUUUCCGAAUUGCGACUAGUUCGAAAGACUUUGUUCGGGCCUGGCGUCAUGGGUAUAUUGCUUCUGCUAUGGGUAUGGAGGGUGGUCAAAUGAUAGAUAGUAAUAUGGCUGUUCUACGCCUGUUCUACGAUUUGGGUAUCAGAUACAUGACACUGACACACAACUGCCACACGCCCUGGGCUGAAUCAUGUUGUGAUCAAAACGCUCCACCGUUUACAAAAGGGUUGGGAUUGACAGAAUUCGGUAAAAAGAUUAUUUUGGAAAUGAAUAGAUUGGGUAUGAUGGUAGAUAUAUCCCAUGUUGCACACUCCACGAUGAAUGCUGUUCUGGAUAUCACUCGUGCACCGGUUCUUUUUUCCCAUUCCUCCAGUAAUGCCAUCUGUAAUAUCGAACGAAAUGUGCCGGAUAAUGUUUUGCAACGUUUGAAUGAAACAGAUGGUGUGGUGAUGGUCAACUUCUACAGCUAUUUUGUACAAUGUGAUCCAACCAAAGAAGCAACUCUUUCUGAUGUUGCAGACCACAUUGAACAUAUUGCGUCUGUCGCUGGCCGCCAGCAUGUCGGUAUUGGCUCGGAUUAUAACGGUAUAGAGAAGACACCCCGCGGACUGGAGGAUGUUACAAAAUAUCCAGAUUUGUUUACUGAAUUGAUUCGUAGAGGCUGGUCAAAUAGAGAUUUGGUCGGUUUAGCUGGUAAAAACUUAUUAAGAGUGUGGAAAAAGGUAGAAUCGGUCAGUAAAUCGCUUCGUAAAGAUGGAGAGCUGCCACUAGAAGAUAAAAUCGCUGACUACAUAUAAAGCAUUAAGCGGACUCUGAUGGAGGAUUGUGUGUUUUCCUGGAUAAAUGUCUCUAAUUGAAGAUGAGUCAUUAUAUCAAUAAAGUAUCUUCAAAUUUUCAACAAAAAUUGUUGCGUUGCG